AAAGAAGAAGAAGACGAAGGCGGUGCUUGACGCCGGUAGAGGGAGGUGGUGGGAGAAAAAGACAGAUGAGGACCUGAAAAGCAAACUGACGCCGAUGUUCCGAUUUACUUUAGCCUUCGCAGGUCUUUCUGAAGUUAUCCAAGGUUGCUGACCCCAGAUUCGUCCACAGUUUCUCUUCGUAUGCCAUACUGUGUUUGAAGGAGUUUGUGUCGCUUAUAUUUUUCGUGAACCUUUUUCUGCAAUCUGCCAUGGGUGACAUGAGUGAUCUUGACAGACAGAUCGACCAGUUACGAAGAUGUGAACUCAUCAAGGAAAAUGAGGUGAAAGCCCUGUGUGCCAAGGCCAGAGAGAUUCUUGUAGAAGAGAGCAACGUACAGAGAGUGGACUCUCCUGUUACAGUGUGUGGUGACAUCCAUGGGCAGUUUUACGAUUUAAAGGAGUUGUUUAGAGUAGGAGGAGAUGUUCCAGAAACAAACUACCUCUUCAUGGGAGAUUUUGUGGACCGAGGCUUUUACAGUGUGGAGACAUUUCUGUUACUUCUUGCUCUUAAGGUACGUUACCCAGACAGAAUAACCCUGAUCCGAGGGAAUCAUGAAUCCAGGCAAAUCACACAGGUAUACGGGUUUUAUGAUGAGUGCUUAAGAAAAUACGGCUCCGUUACAGUAUGGAGGUACUGCACAGAGAUCUUUGACUACCUGUCUCUCUCGGCGAUCAUUGACGGCAAAAUAUUUUGUGUACAUGGAGGCCUCUCACCUUCAAUCCAAACUUUGGACCAGAUUAGAACUAUUGACCGGAAACAGGAAGUGCCUCAUGAUGGGCCCAUGUGUGAUCUUUUGUGGUCUGAUCCUGAAGACACCACAGGCUGGGGUGUUAGCCCUAGAGGAGCUGGCUAUCUUUUUGGCAGUGAUGUUGUGGCCCAGUUCAAUGCUGCCAAUGACAUCGACAUGAUUUGUAGGGCACACCAGCUUGUCAUGGAAGGGUACAAAUGGCACUUCAAUGAGACUGUUCUCACUGUAUGGUCUGCUCCAAAUUACUGCUACAGAUGUGGUAAUGUAGCUGCAAUCUUGGAGCUAGAUGAGCACCUGCAGAAAGAAUUCAUCAUAUUUGAAGCCGCUCCACAAGAAACAAGAGGCAUUCCCUCCAAAAAGCCAGUUGCAGACUAUUUCCUUUGAGAUUCCUUUGUCCUUAGGAUGCAAGCUCUCUCAACAGGAAGCGUUGCGCUGUGUACUUUAAUUUUCUGUGUCUUUAUGUUCCUUCCCAGCUGUCUUAAUUGUCUUUUUUCUCACUCUGUAACAUUCUGUUUUUUCUACCUUCAUUACUCUUAUCAUAUUUUAUCUUUGCCAUCAGGACACAUCCUUGACAUUAUACUCUCAUACAGCGCUGUGAAAUCUUACUCUUUGUACGCUGUAGUUAUAGUCAUUACAUAUGUGAAUACUGUAGCAGUAGAGACAGUGGAACGGAGUACAAUGCAGGCUUGAAGGUGUGACUGCUGGGAAGACAGUUAACCUGUUCCUCAGAAUGCUGUUUUUGGAACGGCAGGUUUAAACUGUUGAACAUGGAGUAUUUUUCUUUACAUUCUCCUCUCAUUUAAGUUGUAUGUGUGAAAGAAUAUGGCAAAUUUUUUGCAUUGGUUACAAUUUAGUUAUUUGAGUCAUAGUUUCACAGCUUUAGCUUUUUUUUUUUUUGAAGGACAGAACAGAGAUGCUGCUCAUCCCUCAAUGUAGUUAUAUUUAUGAACAUUAACACUGGAAAUCAUUUGAACACAAAACAAAUUAUAGAAACAGAAAAUGUGCUUCUCCCUCUUGACUGUUCUCUCUGUAUAACUUACCGUUGCUUUUUAUUUUUAAUUAGUGAAAAUAAAAUGUACUUUUAUAUAAA